GGCAGCAAAGGACACUACAGAUAUCACUGGCAGAGCCACAAUGUCAAGCAGAGUGGAGUGGAUGAUAUGGUCCUUCUUUCCAAAAUCACGGAGGAUUCCAUAGUGGAGAAUCUAAAGAAACGAUACAUGGAUGAUUAUAUUUUUACAUAUAUUGGCUCUGUAUUAAUCUCUGUGAAUCCUUUCAAGCAAAUGCCAUAUUUUGGGGAAAAAGAAAUUGAAAUGUACCAAGGAGCAGCACAAUAUGAAAACCCACCACAUAUUUAUGCUCUUGCCGACAGCAUGUACAGGAACAUGAUUAUUGACAGAGAAAAUCAGUGUGUUAUUAUUAGUGGUGAAAGUGGUGCUGGAAAGACCGUAGCUGCUAAGUAUAUCAUGAGUUAUAUCUCCAAAAUUUCAGGAGGUGGCCCUAAAGUACAGCAUGUUAAAGAUAUUAUUCUACAGUCCAACCCUUUACUGGAGGCCUUUGGGAACGCAAAAACUGUACGGAACAACAACUCCAGCAGAUUUGGGAAAUACUUUGAAAUCCAAUUUAGCCCUGGUGGAGAACCAGAUGGCGGGAAAAUCUCCAACUUCCUACUGGAAAAAUCUCGAGUUGUAAUGAGGAAUCCGGGAGAGCGGAGUUUUCACAUUUUUUACCAGCUAAUUGAAGGGGCCUCCUCAGAACAAAAAAGCAGUCUUGGCAUUACCAGUAUGGACUACUACUACUAUCUGAGUCUCUCUGGGUCCUACAAAGUUGAUGACAUCAAUGACAAAUCAGAUUUCCAAGAAACAUUGCAUGCAAUGAGUGUGAUUGGGAUCUUUGCAGAGGAACAAGCAUUGGUGCUGCAGAUAGUGGCAGGAAUACUGCAUUUAGGAAACAUCAGUUUCAAAGAAGUUGGCAACUAUGCAGGAGUGGAGAGUGAGGAGUUCUUGGCUUUCCCUGCUUUUCUCCUGGGAAUUAACCAGGACCGCCUAAAGGAAAAACUGACCAGCAGACAGAUGGACAGCAAGUGGGGAGGCAAAUCUGAGUCCAUUAACGUAACGCUAAAUGUGGAACAAGCCUGCUACACCAGAGAUGCACUGGCCAAGGCCCUUCAUUCCCGUGUUUUUGAUUACUUGGUGGAUUCUAUUAAUAAGGCUAUGGAGAAGGACCAUGAAGAAUAUAACAUUGGUGUCCUUGAUAUUUAUGGCUUUGAAAUAUUCCAGAAAAAUGGGUUUGAACAGUUCUGCAUCAACUUCGUUAAUGAAAAACUACAGCAGAUUUUUAUUGAACUGACACUGAAGGCAGAACAGGAAGAAUACGUGCAAGAAGGAAUUAGAUGGACUCCAAUAGAUUACUUUAACAACAAAAUAGUGUGUGACCUUAUAGAGAACAAAGUGAAUCCCCCAGGGAUUAUGAGCAUUUUAGAUGAUGUGUGUGCCACAAUGCAUGCAGUGGGAGAAGGAGCUGACCAAACACUGCUUCAAAAGCUCCAGAUGCAGAUUGGGACUCAUGAACAUUUCAACAGCUGGAACCAGGGAUUUAUCAUUCAUCAUUAUGCUGGAAAGGUAUCUUAUGAUAUGGAUGGAUUCUGCGAGAGAAAUCGAGAUGUUCUUUUCAUGGACUUGAUUGAACUCAUGCAGAGCAGUGAUUUGCCUUUUAUAAAGGCUCUGUUUCCUGAAAAUCUUCAAGUGGACAAGAAGGGCCGUCCUACCACCGCAGGCAGUAAAAUCAAAAAACAAGCAAAUGACCUUGUUGGCACCUUAAUGAAGUGUACACCCCAUUACAUCCGCUGCAUCAAACCAAAUGAAACAAAGAAGUCUCGAGACUGGGAGGAGAGCAGGGUAAAACAUCAAGUGGAAUACUUGGGUCUGAAAGAAAAUAUUCGAGUAAGAAGAGCUGGCUAUGCCUACAGGCGGGUUUUCAAGAAGUUUUUGCAGAGGUACGCCAUUCUGACCAAAGCAACCUGGCCUUCCUGGAAGGGAGAAGAGAAGCAAGGAGUUCUCCACCUGCUUCAGUCAGUCAACAUGGAUUCUGACCAAUACCAGCUUGGGAAAUCCAAAGUCUUCAUCAAAGCUCCAGAGUCUCUAUUUUUGUUAGAAGAGAUGAGAGAGAGGAAGUAUGAUGGGUAUGCCAGGGCCAUCCAGAAGGCAUGGAGGAAGUUUGUGGCCAGGAGAAAAUACGUACAGAUGAGAGAAGAAGCAUCAGAUCUAUUGCUGAACAAGAAAGAGAGAAGGCGGAACAGCAUUAACAGGAAUUUUGUGGGAGAUUACAUAGGCAUGGAGGACCAUCCAGAGCUACGCCAGUUUGUGGGCAAACGGGAGAAGAUUGAUUUUGCAGACACUGUAACUAAAUAUGAUAGACGGUUUAAGAACGUGAAGCGAGAUCUCAUCCUCACUCCAAACUGCAUAUACCUGAUUGGGCGUGAAAAGAUAAAGCAGGGUCCAGAGAAAGGCCAAGUGAAGGAAGUCUUAAAGCGAAGGAUGGAAGUGGAAAGAAUUCUUUCUGUUUCUCUAAGCACAAUGCAGGAUGACAUUUUCAUUCUACAUGACCAGGAAUAUGAUAGCUUGCUCGAAUCGGUCUUCAAAACUGAGUUGUUAAGCCUCUUAUCAAAACGAUACGAAGAGAAAACACAAAGAAAACUACCUCUGAAAUUUAGCAAUACACUUGAAGUGAAGCUGAAAAAGGAGAGUUGGGGGCCCUGGAGCAGUGGUGGUUCUCGACAAGUGCAAUUUAUGCAAGGCCAAGGAGAUAUAGCCAUUCUCAAGCCAAGUAAUAAGGUGCUGCAGAUCAGCAUCGGACCAGGGCUACCAAAGAAUUCCCGUCCUACUAGACGGAACCUUACCCAAAGCAGAGGGUAUUCCAACAGGUCUCAAAGUCAGACUUAUCCUAUGAGAGCUGCUCCGCCGCCUCCUGGUCAGCAGCAAAAUGGAGUAAUAAAUCCCCCACAGUUCGUACCGCUUCCCCAUGUCCCAGGAAAUCAACAAGCAAAUCAGAAAAACCUGUAUACAAAUAUGACACGACCAACUUUACCACGGCAAUUGUCAGGAGGAUCAGGCAAGAUUUCACAGCAACCAGAAAGCUUGGAUUUUCUGAAAGUACCUGACCAAGGAGCAGCCGGUGUUCGCAGGCAGACAACAAACCGACCCCCACCAGCUGGAGGAAGGCCUAAACCACAGCCAAAACCUAAGCCUCAGGUACCGCAGUGCAGGGCACUGUAUGCAUAUGACGCUCAGGACACAGAUGAACUUAGCUUUAAUGCCAACGAUGUGAUUGAUAUAAUUAAAGAAGAUCCUUCUGGCUGGUGGACAGGAAGACUACGAGGGAAACAAGGUCUGUUUCCCAACAAUUAUGUCACCAAGAUAUAA